AUGGCUAGCGGACUACAGGGAAGAAGGAAAGAGAGUACCGUGGGUUCUUCGUCCUGCGAAACCGAAUUAGAAAAUUUUCUCAAAGCUGUAGUGAACGAAGAGUAUAAAAGCCUCACUUUUCCAGAAACAAUCCUUUCCUCAAAUUUUACUCGUUCAAACGUUCCAGGAGAAUGGGAACCUUGCAUCCUAGUACAAAAUGUUUAUUAUUCCUCCAAAACGAAUGGCUGUCAGUUAUCUAAAUCAUGCAGCCUGUUGGAAAUGAAGUUAGACAACCUUGAAAACAUGAAAACAACACACGACGAAUCCCAUCUAAAGGAGCCUGGCAAGCGUCAUCGAAGGCAGGGUAAACAGUUGUCUGGUGUAGGAACCUUUACUGCAAAAACAGCAAAUAACAGUUCUCAGCGGGAGUAUCCAGCCAACAGAACUCAUCAACAACAUGAAGGAUAUUCAUUUGUAGGAGCAUUACCCAAUGAAUCAAAUUACUCUGAUUUCUUGGGUAAUAACAGCAAUGUUGAAGAUCUGCCCUUAAGAAUGACAGGGACGUCUCUUAUUUAUCCAAUAAGGGGCGCUGUGCGACAGCCCGAGAUGCAACUCCUUAAGACGGAGAACACGUGCACAAGACUGGGUUCGGAAUCACAUACAAAGAAAGUAAAUGACGCUGGACAACAGCCCGAGAUGCAACUCCUUAAGGCGGGGAACACAAUACUAAGUUCGGAAUCGCAUACAAAGAAAAAACAAAAAUUUAGCAUGGAACCUGAAGAGAGACUCCUCAAAAUAGGUUUGGCAGCAAGCUACAUUUACCCAGAUGUCGAGCAACACGAAGUGAAUGUUGUUAGGCAACAGCCGGAGAAGCAUCUUCUUAAGACAGGGAACACAAAGCUGGGUGUGGAAUCGCACACAAGCAAAAAACAGAAAUCUAGCUUCGACCCUGGAGAAAGAAGCUUUAAAAUAGGGCGGGCAUUAAGCUACAUCUACCCAUACGCCGAGCAACACGAAGAGAAUGGCGUUGGGCAGCAGCCCGAGAUGCAUCUUCUUAGGGCGGGUCAAACAAGGCUGCUUGUGGAAUCGCAUACACCGAAAAGGCAAAAACUUAACUUAGAACCUGAAGGAAAACGCUUUAAAAUAGGGCUUGAAGCAAGCUACACAGAUCCAGAUGGCGAGCAACAAGAAUCGAGUGGUUUUGAAAGAAAGGGCGCUGAUAAUCAUAUACUGAUCAAUAGCUACAACAUAAAAAAUUCAUCAAAAAAAAGCACUUUGAUAACAAUGGAUAAUAGCACAAAUUUGCAACAAAAGGGCGAUUAUUUAUACAUCUGGGAAAGAAAAAAGCAAGAUGCAGCAACAACCCCAAUCACGGAAAGCCAUAGUUUAGAUUAUUCACCGCAAACGUUUCCUAUAAGCCCAAUGCCAUUCAGUAUCAUCUCCAAUCGGCGCUCGAAUGAAUUCUUUCAAGAGUCGUAUUUGUUCUGCCGCCAAGAGGGCAACACAGGAAGACCAUAUUUAUGUCCUUGGCGGUGUUGUGGAAAGCGGUUCCGUCGCUCUGACGAAGUAAAACGCCACUAUCGAUGUCACACUGGUGAAAAACCUUUCAUAUGCCAAUAUUGUGGCAGAGGUUUUUCGAGGUCAGACCAUCAAAAAAAUCAUACACGAAAAACACAUUUUACCGUACAUAGCUAAAACAUCUUGCAUAGCCUCACUGAGGUAUUUUUCUAGGUCACAUUUUAGCUGUGCUAAGUUUCAAAACUUCCUAAAACUACCAGGAACACCCAGCCACCCAGUUAGCUUUCCAUAAUUGAUGAAUAAGCGACGGUUUGCGAGCUGGAGGCCGCUGGUUCAAACCCCAAAUUUACACUCACAAAGGGGGGCAUAUUUACUCAUUUCUUUUAUUAGAAUUACUUGCAAACUGCACCAUAAGCAGUAUCACUGGCAAAAGUCCUUCAACCAUUUUUAUGGUAUUCCCGAAACGUCCUGAGGUGAGAAGCCAUUUUUAUGGUAUUUGUGAAUUUUUUUUUAACAGAAACAAUGUUACUUGGUUCUGUUACACAACUCUGGUGUCCAAGAGAAUAGAAAGUCAAGUCGGAAGUCAGCCAAGCGCGGUCAUUGCACGCGUGCUGAACAAGAAUGUUGUAUCAUGACAGACUAGAAACAACAGAAAACUCCCAAAGCACAAACUUAGCCAAAACGCUAAAAAUCUUCAAUGUUAACUCAAGUUUGGGCUUAUAGAAGAUAAUGUCAAAGUUUUUCAAUGAUCAUGAAAUUCAGAAUCCGGGUAGUUCGUUAAUUAAUUGUGGCCCUGAUAAAAUUUGAAGGAAAAAAAAUACGAAUUUUUAAGAAAAUGCUUUUUGCGUGAGAAGGACUCUUAAACGCUGACAAACGUCAACAAAUAGCUAAAACUAUAGUUUGUAUAUGUUUGCAUUGCUCAAAAUCGCGCGCAUUUACAAGGCCCUAAAUCUUUUUGCUGACUUGCAAGGACCCAUCUGUUAUAAAGAUCCCCAAAACAAAGGAAUAAAUCUCACAGUUUAUUAGAUAUAAUCGUGUAAAGUUUGCUUAUCAUUUUCGCAUAAAUUAUGACCUAAAUUUGGAAACCACUCAAUUUCUCGCAUUGGGUCUUUGCGAUUUUGGUGAAACUCUGUUCAGCGGAAGGCAUUAAUGCGCACUAUGUGUAGCCGAGAGAUUUUUACGAAAAAAUGCCCGCAACAGCAGAAUUUCGACUCAGACCUCAAAGGGCGUGGCACUACAACCACUUGACAUUUACUCCGAUCGCCAAAAAUUUUAUGCUACAUUGUAGAUUGAUCUAUAUGUUAUCCAUUCUAUGUGUUAGACUUACGAUAAAAGUAAAGGUGGGGAAACCAGAGUGCUUCAAAGUAGGGUAGUACCCCCCAAAAAUAACUGGGUCGAGUCACCUUAAUUCGCCUACAUUUGGCUCUGUAAGACUAUGGUAAACUUUCGCCUCUUUUCUACUGGAUUAGGUCUCUACUAGAGAAAACAGAGACAAAGGCAUCACCCAUAGCAGUCUUCAAUCUUUCAAGAACGGUAUUGACAGAAAUUGCCUAAUAUCUCCCUCCGUAUUUUAGAAAACAACAGAGACCGGUUGUGACCUACGCUGGUUGUAAUUUUAAGGUAUAUCAGAAUCAUUUUGUUAUGAUAUUGAAAUUAGCAGUGUUUUAAAUUUUCAUGAGACGAACUAAACUCUAAUUUGGGUCGACCUCGAACUUAGGACAGGUCGAGCCAACCAACUGAAUCAAACCAAAAAGUAAUUUUAGCCCACCAAGGUAAAUUUUCUCCCGAACGAGGCGUAAAUAUACGUUAUCAUACAAACUCCAAUUUAACUCACUAUAAUUAAUGUUUGGUUCGUCUCAUGAAGAGUUCGAUGUUUGGCUUAGGCCUUAGACUGUUACUGAUAAUUUGAGGAAAGUACUAAUUUUAUAAUUAAUGCUGACUUAUUUGUUUUAGUCUGUUUUAGAACCUGUAUAUUUGUGCACAACUUGAUACAUUUAGCACCGAAGUAAGGUUUUAAUUCCUUCUAUUUAUUCAUUUAAGAGCUUUGUGCUAUGAUCUAGCGAAAACCAUAUUUUGGGAGUCGCAACUAGAAGAAGAGAAAAUUCCAAACCGAUUACUACGCCCGGUUUCGACAAUCUAGAUAAUUUUCGCUGAUUUAGACAGGGGCACCCAACGCCUGUUUUCCGUAAAGAAUAUCCGUUCGGAAGAGCAAACGUGGCCUACUGAAUUUUCUCUUGGUUUAGGACGGCUAACAAUUUCUAGAUGCACGUUCCAUUAUGCACACUUUUCGAAGCGUAUCUAGCAAAUUUUCUGCCAUUUUCUGGACUUUAUUUUUUCAUAUUUCAGUCCCAAUGUUGGGCUAUUUUUCGUAGAAAAAGGACGCCUAAAAUUAUCCGAUUCAAAAAUGUAACGGAGAGAGGAAAAUAGAACAAUUUUCACUUUCGUAAAACGUUAAUUUGCAUCUAAAAUUUUGGGAAGAUAAUACUGUCUGUAGCCCUUGUAAUUUUGAAGGCUCAAGUUCCCCUGAUGACCGAACAGAUAAAAAACUUUAUAGCGCUGCUUAGAUUGUAUUCCUAGAUAUGUAAAAGUACUCUGGACAGCCUAUAAAGUGUUUACAAUGUAUUUAUUAGGAGGUACGCGUUGUUGGGUGCCCCUGUUUAGAAACGACGGAAUCACAAGAGGGAGUCGGAAGGAAAAGGUAAAUUGCAAAGAUACCUUUGCGUCUCUGACUCUAGGGAGAAUGGGUAGAAGCUUAAGUGUAGUUCUUUGGAUUGUUUGGGUAGACAAGUGUUAGUAAUCGUCGAUGCUAUUCAAGGCAACCACUAACAAUAAUUAAGUAACGCUUGCCCUCCCAAACGAUCCCAGAAAUCUUAGCGACGAAAGCUUUCCUUACAUGUUCUCUAGCCUGCGUAGCAAGCGUUUCCGUGCGGUUUAGGAGCAAAGAACGAGGAGCGCGAGUCAAAGACCGCGCGAAAAAUGGCGCAAGUAAAAGAGCGGAGAGGCGAAACCAAAUGGAAACGCUUGCUACGCAGGCUACAUGUUCUGGAGCGGGUGCGACUCCGAUGUGUCAUUUUCACAAGAUCAAAGCGCUCUUAUAACUUCGAAUGGAUCUCUGAUCCACUCCAUCGUUACUGAAAACCAUUCUUUGGAUGCAUUUAUCUAUACACGCCUUACUGUGUCUCCCCUUUUUACGAUGUGUUCCUCAAACCACGGAAUAGGCCUAACGUUCAAACAAGGCCAAAUCAAUGAAAGAAACUGCAUCUAACAGACAACAGCCAUUAUAACCACGAAGCUUGACUUUUAUAAAAGCAUAAAACAAAUCAUUACAAGCCAUGCAUAAUUUCGAGAACGGUCCAUGAAAACACUGCGCUGAUGAUGGCUUGUACAUUUAUUCGCAAUAACGCUCAUCGAUCCGUUCUCAAAGGAGCCGAGUUUUGCUAAGCUUUCUAGUAAUGUUCUUCCUUAAUUAACAUUGGAUGCCUUGACCGGCGCCACACCGCGCCGUAAAAAGGUCUACAGUUUACUCAGUGAACGUUCCCCUGUCCCGUGUCCCGUGUUGUGGCGAUCGAUUUUAUUUUAAAUCAAUAUUAUAAUAAUAGACUGACUUAAAAUGAUCUACUGGAACAGACUGGGUAACUUUUAAACCAUGUUCUGAUAAGAGUCCACUAACCUUUUGGUUAUAUCUAAAAUGGUGUGCGCAUGCGUGAUAACUUGCGCUUUCGUGAACUACCCAAGAGUGGCGGACAAAAAGGAGAAUGAUUUAUUGUGAAGUUUUCCUUGCCACAGGUUGGUUCCUGUAUAUGCAAAAACCACUAGAAAAAUCUGCCAUUUGAUUCAGAGAGAGGGAGGGAAAGGGGCGACGCACAGAUACUCUAACUUUCACCUGCACUACUGACACAUUGUCCUGAUUUAUCGCCUUUUUAAAAGGUUUCAUAAAAGUGUAUUUCGAAAUUACAAAACCAAUAAUAGGUGUUAUCUAUAGAGCUGGUAAUUCAUAUCUUCUUGAUCCCCCUCCUUUUCUGCGUACUUCCUUAGAAAAAGAAACAACAUUCCUUUGCCUUUCAAAGUUUAAUUUUUCCGCUUAGUUAUACCAGGACUUAAAAAAUGGAAUCGUCAAGAGAAAACUAAUAGUCAAUCGCUGCGGACGCUGAGGAAUUAAUUAAAGUCAACCUCUGCGAUCUAAGUAAAGUUCUCCUUUAGUAAUCCGAGCAAAUGCAGUGAUCCAAAUUAAGGUAGAUAUGCCGGCGUUCACUUACGGCCGUCCAAGAAAGAACGUUCACGGUCGGACACUAUGAGGUCGCCCUACGUAUCAACCCAUAAGGUCGUAAUGUGUUUAUCACAACAUUAACACUUGAGCAGAGUCGUGUUGACAUAAACUAGCUGUGUGCAAAUCCUAAUAAUAACACGCAAUAAUCACCGAUGAAUCUUGUUUUUAACAAAUCGUAACUCUCCAGACCCUUUUUGUUUUUAAGAUUAUGGGGGGCAAUACAAGAAACAAAGCUUGGUUUUCAAUCAUUUGCAAGCCACCCGUGAUCAGGUUUGUUCUCUCCACCUGUAGAGCACGUUUGUCGAAUACGCUAUUUGCUCGGCUGGUUCUCGUCCUAGUUGAACCUGCAAAAUGACAUAAUUAUUUCAUGCUGUUCUUUGUCUAUUUCGUUUUAGCCAUAAUUUUCUUACUUACCAACUAGUAACUUUCGAAGUAGACGAAACAAUGGAGCUGAAAGGAAUCUUGAUCUUCCUUAUCUUGUCCGCUUUACUCGUUUUCACCCAUGCUCGACCUUCAGAGGUAAAAGAAGAAACUUUUUUUUAGUUAACUUAUUUAAGAUUUUCGCCAUCCUGGAGUUUGGGCCUGAAGCCUCUCAUUUGGUCUCCUUAAAACAGGCUUCAAUUUCCUGCUGCAUCCUAGACGAUGUUUAUAUAACAUAUGAAACGAAAAGAAACAUGUUUUAAAAACUUUUCGAUCCCUACUAAAUUCUGCGGAAUUAGCACCAGCUCGGGCUAUGCUACUUUUUAUUUCUUUCAUCUUUCCGUGUUUCACAGCUGAAAUAUCGGGGUGUUUAAAAUCACGUCGGUAAAACUUUAACUCAAAUCAAAGUUGUAACCGUAAAUUCAGUGAUAUACGGUGGUAAAAUUAUCUUGUGUUAUCUCAUAUCGGCGAGAGAAAAGUCAUGCAAGUUCGUCCUUGAUAGACUUACCCUUUUCUUCCACAAUUAACUCAAAAAAGUUAGAUAAAGUGUUCUUAAAAGCCAGUGUGUAGUAUAUUGUUUUUAACAGAGAAAAUCAAAAAUUCUCUUAGCUUUUUUACUUCUUACUUCAGGAAAUUUCUUAACCAGCCAAUUUCUAUUAAUAUUUUAGGUCUUUUAGUGCUCGUUCUGCGAAACAAACACGACUUGCUUCUCUGAAUCAAAGUUUUAAUGGUUCAUCUCCACGCUCCAUUAAACGAUUUAUUUCUGGCAAUAAGUUUCUGUCAAAUUCAUUGACUGUCUUUUUUUCGUUAUUUCGCUUUGUCAAAUUAUCUCAUUAAGCUUCGCUUUCACGACACCAAAGCACUGGGAAGGAUACAUACAAGUGUAACUCAAAAAGGAGGUCAUCUAGUUCCCAGGGCUUUUCCUUCACAGUUUUCAAGGGGAGUGCCCUGUGAACGAGGUUAAGAGGGUCACGUUACAUCACAGAGCAAACUGUAGUGCAUGAUCAUACCUUUAAACAGCCCUAAUAUGUUCGGAAAACCAUUGUGAAGAAGUAGUGAUGAUUAUAAUAAGUGGUCUUCUAUCACGAGCAGUGAGAAUUCUUUGUAAUGAACAGCAAUCAGGGAUAGAUAUUAGGGCUGAUUAAAAAAUGGUUUAGACAUUGUUUAGAAAGCGGUAAUGUGUUAAACAACCUCCCAACUCCUGAGUAACUGGCCCAGUCUAAAUAUAAUCUCUACCCUCGUCCCAUCAGGAUGAGCGCCAGAAGCGUGAAGACGAUGACGACAGGGAACAAGGUAAGUUCAGUUUAACUCGCCUUAGUUAAGAGUUACCCUUUUAGGCAAUUAGUAGCAUGUUUUUGUUUUUGUUUUUUUUGUUUUUUAAAGUCUAGAGAACCGUCGAAGCGAGUAGGCUAUUUGCAACGGGCAAAGUUAGAAUAAUUGAGAUCAGAAUAAAUACAUCGCGCGUUCAGGAAACCUCUACGGAGAGGUGACGAUGCAAGAAUACUUAUUACCAUCAAGAUCCUGUUUGAUAAUAUAGUUCUUGAUUUCAAGAGUAAUUUCUUUAUAUCAUACGGUAGCAGAAAAAUCUACUUAUCUCGAUCUAUGUAAAGUUCUCGUCUUCUUAAUAUUCUCUGGUCCUCGACAGUUUGUAGAUACAGUCGAACCUCGUAAGCGACCACCUCCCUAGGCGACCGCCUAUCCAAAAAAAACAAAACUUUCCCAGUCAAAGCCUUACAGUUGGAACCGCUGGUAAACGACCCCUCCUGUAAGCGACCGCGACCACUUUUUGGGCCUGAAAGUUUAACGAUUUUCCAUUGUUUUUAAGCGCUUGUUAGCGACCAUUUGACGCAUUCUAUGUUCGCUCUGUGCGCUAUGCUACUUAGAAUAAACGACAUAUACUUUACCAACAACAUGGAACUACACAUGGCGUACCAUAAAUUAUCUUCCAUAAAGAAGAUGUUCCCAGACCUCUUCUGGGAAGAGAACCCUGCGGUUCGAUUCUUGCAAGCGACCACCUCUUUGCAUUUUGGGUGGUCGCUUAUGGGAGGUUCGACUGUAUUAAGGGAUAUUUAUUUUAGCAGAUAUUCUUCAGAUAGCAUUUUUCAUCCAUCGAGUCUUACGUCUGCCUUUUCCUCGCCGAAUAUUGUCUGGCAAAACCGCUCAGCUACCGUGCCCUCUGCUGUCCCCUUUUCUGUCAACUAUCAUUACAACUGGCAUCAAGGCAAACCCCUUCCAAAUUGGUUAACGCUUACUAGUUAGGAAAAAUUAGCCUGGGGUUUUAAGCCAAUCAGGAAAGAAGAAGUAUAUGAAUGAACUGUAAUUAUCGAAAUCGUUAACCUGAAUUACAGUCAUUAUCGUCAAUAUUAUCUUUAUCAUUGUCAUCAUCAUCAUCAUCAUCAUCAUCAUCAUCAUUACCGUCGUCUCCAUCAUCAUUAUCAACAUCAUUAUCAUUAUCGUCAUCAUUACAUUAUUAUUAUCAUCAUCAUUAUCAACAUUGUUAUCACUAUUAUUACCAGCAUCAUUAUCAACAUCAUCAUCACCAUCACCACCCACCUUCAUCAUUAUUAUCAUUAUCAUUGCCUUGCAGAUGCGGCANUUUAUAUCAUACGGUAGCAGAAAAAUCUACUUAUCUCGAUCUAUGUAAAGUUCUCGUCUUCUUAAUAUUCUCUGGUCCUCGACAGUUUGUAGAUACAGUCGAACCUUCAUGUGCGACCACCCCUCGUAAGCGACCACCUCCCUAGGCGACCGCCUAUCCAAAAAAACAAAAUUUUCCCAGUCAAAGCCUUACAGUUGGACCCUCUGGUAAACGACCACCUCCUGUAAGCGACCGCGACCACUUUUUGGGCCUGAAAGUUUAACAAUUUUCCAUUGUUUUUAAGCGCUUGUUAGCGACCAUUUGACGCAUUCUAUGUUCGCUCUGUGCGCUAUGCUACUUAGAAUAAACGACAUACAUUACCAACAACGUGGAACUACACAUGGCGUACCAUAAAUUAUCUUCCAUAAAGAAGAUGUUCCCAGACCUCUUCUGGGAAGAGAACCCUGCGGUUCGAUUCUUGCAAGCGAACACCUCUUUGCAUUUUGGGUGGUCACUUAUGGGAGGUUCGACUGUAUUAAGGGAUGUUUAUUGUAGCAGAUAUUCUUCAGAUAGCAUUUUUCAUCCAUCGAGUCUUACGUCUGCCUUUUCCUCCCCGAAUAUUGUCUGGCAAAACCGCUCAGCUACCGUGCCCUCUGCUGUCCCCUUUUCUGUCAACUAUCAUUACAUCUGGCAUCAAGGCAAACCCCUUCCAAAUUGGUUAACGCUUACUAGUUAGGAAAAAUUAGCCUGGGGGUUUAAGCCAAUCAGGAAAGAAGAAGUAUAUGAAUGAACUAUAAUUAUCGAAAUCGUUAACCUGAAUUGCAGUCAUUAUCGUCAAUAUUAUCUUUAUCAUUGUCAUCAUCAUCAUCAUCAUCAUCAUCAUCAUAAUCAUUACCGUCGUCUCCAUCAUCAUUAUCAACAUCAUUAUCAUUAUCAACAUCAUUACAUUAUUAUUAUCAUCAUCAUUAUCAACAUUGUUAUCACUAUUAUUACCAGCAUCAUUAUCAACAUCAUCAUCACCAUCACCACCCACCUUCAUCAUUAUUAUCAUUAUCAUUGCCUUGCAGAUGCGGCAGGAGGAGAGAGUGGAAGUGCUGCUGAGCCCACCACUGCCCCACCAGCUGCUGGUGCUACCACGCCACCCCCUGCAGGGGGAACACCGCCGCCAAACGCAGGAGUACCACCACCCCCCGGAGGAGCUCCCCCAGCCGGUGCCAAUCCAAUUGUCGCUGCUGUUGUAAGUGGCUUUAAAGUCUUAUCCACAUUAUGUAGCACAUUAUANCAUCAUUACAUUAUUAUUAUCAUCAUCAUUAUCAACAUUGUUAUCACUAUUAUUACCAGCAUCAUUAUCAACAUCAUCAUCACCAUCACCACCCACCUUCAUCAUUAUUAUCAUUAUCAUUGCCUUGCAGAUGCGGCAGGAGGAGAGAGUGGAAGUGCUGCUGAGCCCACCACUGCCCCACCAGCUGCUGGUGCUACCACGCCACCCCCUGCAGGGGGAACACCGCCGCCAAACGCAGGAGUACCACCACCCCCCGGAGGAGCUCCCCCAGCCGGUGCCAAUCCAAUUGUCGCUGCUGUUGUAAGUGGCUUUAAAGUCUUAUCCACAUUAUGUAGCACAUUAUAUGGUCAGACAUGGAGCCCGGCCAGAUUUUCGAACCCUUUCGCUCUUAGACCACAAAAUGGUGAGAUUCUUUGUCUCGGUGAGAGAAAUCCUGCAUUCUGUGUUUUUGUGCUCGCAACUUUUGCAGUUGCGAGACGAAAGCCUAAAAAAUCAGGCUUGUACGGGAUUUGAACCUUUCACCAAUUAAUAUAUUUCAGCUUGUUUUGAUGUUCGUGACAAAUUAUUAUCAAAGCAACGUAAUUGCCCUGUGUUGUAAUUUUGAUUCCUAAACAUAGCUUUUGCAUUUACUGUAUGUGCUUGUAUGGUCAUGCAAAUAAAGUUCGAUGUUGUUGCCAUACCAUAACGAUGGAGCACUCUCGCCAAGUAAUCUACAGAGUGUAACAGGCCAACUGGCUGCUGGCAAACGUUUGGUCUAUAACUGUGAUGAUCCUAUCUUCUUUUAAUUUCAUUCAAUUCAUCAUCCUGUAGGUCUAGUAUGGGUUGAUUCAUAUAUAUUUGUUACUUCGGUAAUAGUUAAGUGCGCGUAAAGUAGGUUCAUGAACUUGGCCGUGGCAUGAUAUCUGGCAAGUGUUAGUAGUAACAUAGUUUUGACGAAAGGCUUGUGAGAAUAUAUGAUCACUUGUGUACUUCUUUAUGUGACAAACGUAGAUCUUGGCUUUGCUUUAAUCCCUCUAGAAUCAAGCGUGCGCUGCCUUCCAAGCAUGCGCUGCUCAAGGAGACCCCAACAUGUGCCUUCAACAAAUGCUGCAGACCCUAUCAUCAUUAAGUGGAGGUGCUGGAGGUGCACCUGUUGGGGCAGCCCCCUGUCAAGGAGGUGCCUCCAUGCCGAUGCCCCAACCUAUGCCCAUGCCCAUGCCCAUGCCCCAGCCGAUGCCGUAUCCUGAGGUUAUCAUGGAACCGGCCUCUUGUGGUGGAACUUAUCCAUGUAAAGACAAAGGAUCAAAAGGCAAGAAACACCAUGACAAGAAAGAGAAAAAGCUUGACAAGAAAGCCAAGAAAGAUUAG